AUGGCUUCCACCUCACUUCCCGCCUCUAAUGGACCGUCAGAGACGCACGACGUGUCUCUCGCAGGUCACGACGAGGAGCAAAUCCGCCUGAUGGAAGAGAGAUGCAUCGUAGUCUCACCUUCGGACGAUUUCAUUCGAGACGGCAGCAAGAAGGAGUGUCAUUUGAUGAGCAACAUCAAUCAAGGACUCCUGCAUCGAGCUUUCUCUUGCUUUGUAUUUCAUCCUGUAGAUGGCAAAUUGUUGUUGCAGAGAAGAGCAACGGAAAAGAUUACUUUUCCCGAUAUGUGGACCAAUACGUGUUGCUCUCAUCCCCUCGCCAUCAAGGGCGAGUUGGAGGAUGAGAAUCAGAUUGGAGUCAUCAGAGCAGCGCAAAGGAAGCUGGAACACGAACUUGGUAUCCCUCCUGAAGAAGUGCCUUUGGACGAGUUUCAAUACCUGACCAGGAUUCAUUACAUGGCUCCAUCGGAUGGGAUGUGGGGCGAGCAUGAAAUCGACUACAUUCUCUUCAUCACAGCUCCGGUCACAGUAUCCGAGAAUCCAAACGAAGUGUCAGCAACUCGCUGGGUCAGUCCCGAAGAGCUAAAGGAGUUCAUGAACGAGUUGGAUCGUGAGUGUUUGCCUACGCAGAGCGUCGAGGCAGUAGCGUUUCCGCACAUGCGCAACACACCAAUAUCUGAACUUUCCGACGUCGGCUCGAUCAAUGUGGUGCGCGACCAUCACACAGCAACAUCCUUUACACCCUGGUUCAAAUUGAUAGCCAACAAGUUCCUCUUUCCUUGGUGGACCGAGCUGCUGUCGAACAGAACGCUGCAACCAAAGAACAAGGCUUCUUUGCAACAAGCAGAAGCUACGUCUCAACCCGUCGUGGAUGCGCAGCACUCUUGCAAACGCUUCUACGAUCAUGACACCAUCCAUCGCAUGCUUUAG